AUGGAACUGGAAAGCAGUGUCAACAGGACUGAUUUUAUUGACAUACAUCCAUGCUAUAAAGUAGAUGUCACUUACCUACUGACAAGAACCCAUUCCAUAUUAUGUAUAUUAUUGCAUAUUUUCCUUGGCUCAUUAUCUGUUGUAACAGUUUGUGGAAACCUUCUUGUAAUAAUCUCCAUCAUUUACUUCAAACAGCUCCACACUCCUACAAACUAUCUUAUUCUCUCUCUGGCUGUGGCUGACUUGCUUGUUGGUGUUCUAGUCUUACCUCUCACCACUGAAUUCUCUGAAACCACAUGUCUGUAUCACUAUGAUCUAUUUUGCAAAAUACGGGGCACCUUUGAUGUAUCACUGUGUACAUCUUCUAUUCUGAACUUGUGUUGUAUUUCUAUUGACAGAUAUUGUGCAGUGUGUCAGCCUCUGACAUAUAGAACUAAGAUAAAUAAUCAUGUUGUCCUUCUCAUGGUCCUUGGGAGCUGGGGUAUUUCGGCCCUGAUUGGAAUUAGCUUUAUAAUUGCAGGAUUACAACAAGAAAUAUGUUUCAAAACGUGUUUAGAUGAUGUUAUAAUUGCAAACAUUGUGGGACUUAUUUUUGCAUUUUACCUUCCACUGAUCAUAAUGCUCUGUAUCUAUCUCAAGAUUUUCCUUGUUGCACUGAGACAGGCUCGCAGCAUCCACAACACAAACUGUCAGAGCACAAAGUCUGGAGCAACUGUCAGUAAGAUGGAGAGAAAGGCCACCAAAACUCUGGCUAUAGUUAUGGGAGUUUUUCUGAUGUGUUGGUUACCUUUCUUUCUCUGUACCACUAUUCGUUCAUUUAGUAAUGUUUCAGUGCCAGUUGGUUUACUUGAAUUACUUAACUGGCUUGCACUGUCAAACUCAAUGCUCAAUCCAUUUAUUUAUGCUUUCUUUUACAGCUGGUUCCGAGUGGCAUUCAAAAUGAUAAUUUCUGGAAAAAUAAUUCAAGGUGAUUUUACUAACUUAAAACUACUCUGA